CUAACCUAUCAUUUCUAAAAUUUUCAAAAUACCACAUUUUGGAACUGAGAUUGUUAAAUAGUUUAUUUGGUAAUAAUAACUGAAAGUUAAAUAUCGUUAUGGACGAGAGCGCGAAGGAAGAAAUAUUAACUCUAGAAGAUUCAAAACCGUCGACGUCAAGUGAGACUGUUUUAUUUCCCAGUGUGAAUAAAUAUGCCCACAUUAAGAAUAAAUUAGUUAGAAACGAAAAAUUCAAAAAGGAACAGAAGGCAAAAAAUAAAGAAAAGAAAAAGCUGAAAAAAGAACGACAAAAAAAUGAAGAUGUUAAAAGGAUUCCGCAUACAAUUGAAAGUUUAAGAGAAAAAGACGAAACAGUAAUUAAAGAUGAAGAUGUCGAAUUAGUUGAACAUGAUUUAGCUAAUGAUGAAUUUAGUGGAUAUAUUCAGAAGUCGUACGAACCUAAAGUAUUAAUUACUUAUUCUGAUAAUCCUAUGAGGAAAACAAGAAUAUUUGGGCGGGAACUAACUAGAAUGAUACCAAAUUCAACUUCUCUAUAUCGUAACAGAUCUGGAAUUAAAAAGAUUGUAAAGAGUGCCAACAAAGCAGGUUACACGGAUAUAUUAGUAGUAAAUGAAUAUCGUAAAGAACCUGAUGGUCUGCUGGUUAUACAUUUACCUGAUGGGCCAACUGCUCAUUUCCGUAUAAGUAAUGUCAAAAUUACACCUGAGAUGGGAAAGAAUCACAAAGAUAUAACUGCUCAUAGACCAGAAGUUAUACUGCGACAAUUCACCACCCGACUUGGAGUUUCCAUUAGCAGAAUGCUAGGAAGUAUUUUCCAUUAUGACCCUGAAUUUGAGGGUCAGCGUGCUGUUGUUUUUCAUAAUCAAAGAGACUAUAUAUUCUUCAGACAUUAUAGGUAUGGAUUUGAUAAAGAUGGUAAAAGGGCAAGAUUGAAAGAGUUGGGUCCUAGAUUCACAUUGAAAUUAACUUCUCUACAAAAAGGCACUUUCGAUAGUAAAUAUGGAGAAUAUGAAUGGAUCAUACAAGGAAAGAGACAUUCUAUGGAAACAAGUAGAAGAAAAUUCUUUUUAUAAUUUAUUUGGUAAAAUUUAUUUAAAAUA